UCAUUAUGUUUGGCACCGUCGACGCGACCACAACGUAACUCCAAGAUCGGAACCAAGUAAUCGCGGCGUCUAUAGAUAUAUAUAUAUAUAUAGACAUCGAUAUAGUACAACCGUAUAACCAGCUAACAACCAUUACCAGAUUGCUUUGGCAACCCAAUCGUGUCACGUGAUCGUGUCGCGAUCGCUCAUUCUGCUCGUCAUUCAUCUGUCGCCGCGUCUUGUGCAAUUUGGCUGUCGAAUGUGGAAGAAUGUCUUGCAUCUGGAUUUGUGUACCGAGCUCUUAACGUUUGUCUGCCGAAAUCUGUGAUCUUAGUGUCUUUCAAUCGAUCCAUCGAACAACUUGACCUUUUGAGUUCGCCGAUCAGGAAAUUGCUAAAAAAUAAAAAAAAGAUUCCUUAAAUACAAAACAGUUGAAAAUGUCUACGCCAUAUGUGAUCUUGCUGAUCGGUUUACUAUAUCUUUGCGUGGGCCCAUUCAUAAUUGCCCAAGGCUCGGAGUUUGCUGAGCGCAACCACAAGAAACGCCAAAUCUAUCGGGAACAAGUAUUGCCACAUGCGGGUGGUAAGAUACCCGACACCGCCUUUGAGACGGAUCGAUUGUUUUUGAAUCGCCUGCAGAAGGAGGGCAUCGCAGUGCCAGAUGGGAUAGUUCCCGAGCAGCGGAAUCCGCAGGUGUAUCAGUACUACAGCAAGCCCAUGCGCACCGUCUUCCACAUCGCCCUGAGCUCGGAUGGGAGGUAUACGCCGCGGGAGGGACGAUACCACUACCGCCAGGUGCCAACGGUGGAGACCACGUACCUGUACCCGCAGGCGGUGGGCCGCCAGCACGUGGUGGUGCCACCGAAGCACGCCCUGCCCAUCUACCGGCAGCUUCAGUUGCACAAUCCGCUGCUCAACCAGGUCAAGUUGCAGCCAAAGAAGGCGCCCAAUUUUCUGGAACUGGCGCCCACGGUUGGCAAGAGUCAGUCGCAUCCAUUGGCCGGUUCGGCCAAGGCGCAGUCUUAUCAGAAUGUGAAUCUUCUGCAUGGUCACAGUCCGGUGCUGCCCGCUUUCAAGAAAACCUCCAGGGGCAGCAAGACCUAUGUGGACAGCUAUGGCACAACCCAUCUCUUCAGCGAGUUUGACGAUCUGCUGAACAAACUGGACCUGCAGCAAACGGGACGAAAGAAUUAUUAGUUUUAAUACCCAACAUGUAGUAGAAUUUAUGAAUAUGACAGCUAUGAGAUCUAUCUCCAGUUAAGAGUUAAGUUUACAAGUGGUUCGCAUCCAUUAUCUAACCAUGUGCAUAUCAUUUCAAAACCUUUGCCAUACGCCCGCUCACCGUUUAGUGCACAUCCAUUCCCAUUCCCAUGUUUGCAAGCCAUUCGUAUCCAGCCCAUGCACCGUGAAAAAAUGUGGUCACAAUUGAGGUAAAACUAAUGUUAAAACCAAUACACAACACAUUUUCAAAACAUUGAAAAUAUACUUCUUAUUUGGUUAUUAAAGCGUGAAGUGAUAUGCAACCGUUUUGUUUUCUAUUGAAUAAAAUAAAAUAUUAAAUUAAACCUUUUAGAUAACUGAAGCUGUUUAGCUUUCUAAAUCUUUUCAAGUUUUUUGUUGUAUACUCUAAUUGAAUUUGAAAACUAUAUCAACAGGUAUUUAGAUUUCUUUUGCGUGCAGGCAGUUGCAUCCACCACCCAUCGCUUGCCAACCCACAACCCAUCCACAUAUUGUACCAUCUAAGCUUGGCCAGGUGAAAUGGGAAUUCAUCGCUUUUAGCUAGUUAAGCGUAAACAAUUUGUAUCUUGCAAAAUAAAACCAUGCGCGUGUCCGUACAUUGUUGUAUGUUGCAUUUCCC